UAUUGUGGUACUACUAGAAAUUUUCUACCCCGCUUCUGGUAAAUCGCGUUGAUUUUCGUUAAAAAUACCCAACUAAUUAGAACGAAUAGGGGAAUUCAAACGACCAGUCGACUCGACAGCGUAGCGAGCACCCGGUGUCAGACUUUGUGCUCUUUUUUCAUUGUUUUUUUCUUUUAAACGAGUAAAUAUUUUAUUGGUUUAUUGUUAUAGGUAAGUUAAAAUAAAAUCGUCGGUGGUCGAAUCGGUAAGGUGCCCGGUUUAAAUGCGUGUUACGCAAAAAGGGUACAGGUUCGAAUCCCACCCCGGCCAUUUACCAAUGGCUAUUUUUGAAGUUAUGUACAUUAGUUUUAAUACUAACCAAUGCUCUUAUGGUGAGGGAAGGCGUUAUGAAACCUGCUCAUUCAGGCAACUAGUUGUUGAUGAAACAAUACUGGUUUAAGUUCCUCUGCAAAGGUUGCGGAGGUCAGGCGGGAGUCGUUUCGUGUCUCACCUAAUCCUGGAUCCAUGGUCAAAGGCAUUCCCCGGGUUCCUCUCCAGAGCGGUGAGGAUGUAACUGGUAUUUAAGACAGAAGAAAGAAGAAAGUUACGAUUUACAAUGUCCUUAAAAUAUAAAACACGAUUCACCUUUCUGGGAGAAAGAUUGUAGGUAGGUUCUCAAUAUCUCAGUUGUUGCACUCGAAUCAGCACUCGAAGAUCGUAGUCCGUUGAAGACCUAUGUCAAGUCAAAGUCGUAGCUCUCUCUGUCUGUGGUUUAAUGGGCGUGAUGGCCUUUAUAUAAAAAUCUGCAUAAUAUAAAUACACACACUUCCUUCAGGAACCCAGGAGUAAAAUAACAGGAGUAAAAUUAAAAGUUUUCAUAAAAUGAGAACAUAAGUCUAUAGACAGAGACCAUGUCUACACAGUUACGCAAUAAAUAUUUUUGUUUGAUAUAAACCCUGAAAGAGUUUGAUGUAUAAGCCAACUAUAGGAAAAAAACAGUCAACUUACUGUCAUAUAUUGUCAAAAUCAUACUGACAUAUGACGUGACCGUAUGUUUAAAUGACAUUUGUUUUGUUUGAUUUUUAUUCUAUCUGUUUUUAUUCGUCCGCAUCGUGAACUAUUUAUUGUAAAAAGUUUUCGAAGAAAAAGUCGAAGUAAAUUUACCGUUUCAUUACUAAAUUGAAGACCACCUCGAGGCAUUCUUUCCUUUUCUCUUGAACUGGCUCUAGCCAUCGUGACGGACUGGUAGUCAAGAUUUGGGAACAGCACCAUUGUGGGUCACCGCUGGUCAGUUAGCCGCUUUUCGUGGCGGAAAGUAGUCGUGAUGAUGUUGGCAUUCGCUGCUGUAGCAGCGGCUUGUGUCGCUGUUUGGAUUUAUCUUGGUUUCCUAUGCACUGUAGCUGUCUCCGUACUUCUAGUGAUCUUUUAUGGAGUAGUUUUCCAUUCAAGAUGGUGUUAUGUUGCCCUAAAAACUGUUGUCAGAGAUACAAGGGCACUCAUCUCCUACAUCCAAAUACUGUGGGUGGCCUGGAAGUUCACAAGGAAGGACUGGACUCUCCCAGACAUAUUUCAUGAUGUGGUCCAACAGCAUCCGGACAAGAAAUGCUUCUUAUUCCAGGAUGAAGUGUGGACAUUUAAGGAGGUUGAAGACUACAGUUUACGCAUGACUGCGGUUCUGAGGGCGCAGGGCAUUGGCAAGGGCCGGAUUGUAGCCCUGCUCAUGAACAACUGUCCACAAUUGCCCGCUCUGUGGCUGGGUAACGCUCGAGUGGGCGCCGUCACACCUCUGAUCAACACCAACCAGCGAGGAAACGCGUUGUUACAUUCCAUCAAUGUUGCCAAAUGUGAUGCGCUGAUAUUCUCCGAGGAAUACCUUUCAGCAAUCCAAGACAUCUCCAGCCAACUGGACCCAUCUCUGAAACUUUUCAAGUUCACCCACCGUCCACUCAACACUUCAAACCCCAAGACCUCCAUAGGGGAUGCCAUCCCAGACUUGACCCAGUUGUUGGAGACCACCGCUCCCGCACCCUGGACAUUGGCUGACGCAGAAGGUUUUAAUGGGAAACUCCUGUACAUUUACACAUCUGGAACUACGGGACUACCUAAAGCUGCUGUCAUAUCCAAUGCUAGAUUCGUGUUCAUGACGACGGGCAUUCACUUCAUGGGUUUGAACAGCAACGACACGGUAUACUGCCCCCUGCCGUUAUACCACACGGCGGGCGGCGUCAUCAGCGUGGGCCAGGCGUUCAUACACGGCUGCACUGUCGUACUCAAGACUAAGUUCUCAGCCUCGCAGUACUUCCCCGAUUGUGCGAAGUAUAACGCGACCGCGGCUCACUACAUCGGCGAGAUGUGUCGCUACGUGCUGGCCACGCCCCCCUCGCCCGCCGACACGCAGCACAAAGUGCGCAUCAUAUACGGCAACGGACUGAGACCUCAGAUAUGGAAUGACUUCAUCAAGCGAUUUAAUAUCAAGCGUGUGACAGAAUUUUACGGAGCCACGGAAGGAAAUGCUAAUAUAUUGAACACUGAUGGCACGCCUGGAGCCAUAGGAUUUGUAUCGCGAAUAAUACCGUCAGUGUAUCCGAUAGCCAUUAUCAGGGUCGACCAGGAGACUGGAGAGCCCAUCAGGGAUUCGAGGGGUCUUUGUCAGCUAGCCCAACCGCACGAGCCAGGCGUGUUUAUCGGCAAGAUAUCUCCCAACAACCCGUCUAGGCAGUACCUGGGUUACGUGGACAAGGCCGCUUCCGAGAAGAAGGUCGUGAGGGACGUGUUCACCAAAGGAGACUCCGCUUUUAUAUCAGGCGACAUCCUGGUGGCGGACGAGCUGGGCUACCUGUACUUCCGCGACCGCACCGGCGACACGUUCCGCUGGCGCGGGGAGAACGUCAGCACCACGGAGGUGGAGGCCGCCAUUUCUCGCGUCGCGGGCCAUAGAGACGCGGUUGUCUAUGGCGUGUUGGUGCCGAACACGGAAGGCCGCGCCGGCAUGUGCGGCCUCGCGGACGCGGACGGCAGCCUGUCGCUGGCGCAGCUGCGCGCGGCGCUGGCCCGCGAGCUGCCCGCCUACGCCACGCCCGUGUUCCUGCGGGUCAUGCGCAGCGUCGACAUGACUGGUACGUUCAAAAUGAAGAAAACCGACCUCCAAAAGGAGGGGUUUGACCCAGCCCUGGUAAAGAACGACAAGCUUUACUAUUUAGACACGAAACUCGGCCAAUACCUCCCUCUUGGACCUGAAGAGUACCAGAAGAUCAACAGCGGCCAAAUUAGACUGUGAUCUGUUAGCACCUAUCUUAUUUCUAAGUUCAAUCCUUUUAAAAUAAUGUUAGGUCACAAAUUUGUGAAGUGGACGACUUUAAAAAAGUUACGACAGGACACAAAACAAAUUAAUGUUUAGACUUACGACAAGUCUUACAAAAAUAAAAUUAGGGUUAUUUAUGAUAUUGGUUAUUUAACCUUGGUAGGUUGAUGUUUUACAAAUAACCCUGUAUUUAAAAAAAUGGCAAAUUUAAUGACAAAUUAGAUCACAUUAAUAAUUCGAAGUUUGCAUUGUGAAUGAGCUUAGCAUAAUUUUAAAACUCAAAUAAUAGUAUACUAUAAAACUCUUCCCUUACUAGAUGACUGACGGACAACGCACCGCCAAAACUACUGCUCGUAUAAAGUUGCAAUAUGGUAUGAAGGUUCCUUAGGGAGUGUAGGAGAGCACUAAGAAAGGAUUUUGAUUAUCGGGUUUCUUCGUUUUACGCAAGCGAAGCCGCUGGUGCCCGCUAGAGAGUAUUACAUAUUAUAGUAUGUUUUAUAAGCUCAGGCAAUAUUUUGGUAAAUUAGUGCAUAUAGUUUCCGUCAGAUGUCGCAAAAGUAGCAAGUUGAUGUAAUAAUUAUAGAAAUUAAAUCUUACACGCUAGAAAGUGGUUAUGGGUAUACCUACGAUAGGAGUAUUUAAAAGCGCUAACAAAGCAAGAGAAAACAGCCUCGAAUUUUGCUAUCUCUGUCUUCAUUACUACAAAAAGAGAGAUGGCAAGAGUUCAAGCAAAGUAUCUUGCGAAUAUAGUCAGAUAGUGUUCUCAUUGUGUUAAAAAACGCACAAAACGCAGCUUUAUCUUUUCAAUCAAUUAUUCUAAUUUUUUCCAUGGCAAUACUCAAUUGUACUUAAUUUUAUAUACGGCAAUCUCAAGGCAAAGUAUUUAAAUGUUUAGUCCAAUUUGUUUAUUAUUAUCUUAUGCAUUCUUAAAAGCGCAUUUACUCACAUUAAAAACUGUUUUUAUAUAUGUAUAUGUUGUGCAAUGUUGUACAAUAACCUGUAAUAUUUAUACUUUUUUAAAGCUAUUCUGAAUAGUGUCAGUAUUAUUUUAUUUUCUUGAAGUAUCCUGCAAUCUCAUAUAUUCUCGUAUAUACAAUAAACAUAAUAUAGAAAUUGUACUCUAAAUCUUUAUUUUUCUAUUUGCAUUAUAUACUCGUAUUAAUUAUGUAUAUAUUUUUGUACUUUCGAAUUUAUAAAAUAUAGUUGCAUACUAACUUUAUAUAUAAACUUUAGAUAAAAUUUCCAAUUGUUGAUCGUUUUAAGGAUUAUGUACUUCGUUAUUGGCAAAAUACAGGUAGUUUUAGUCUUAUUGUUAUUUUUAUUGGGUUAAGGUGAAUGGUUUUGGUAUCUGCAAUAAAGGUAUUGUUAUGUGACGGUGUGUGAAGAUUUUAGCCGAGAACGGGCAGAUAAAUUGAGAACUAGGUCCACUAAACCAAAUUCGGAAUAUUUAUAUAUAUAUUUUGUCAAUAAAGAUACGUAAUAUAUAUUUGCAAUGAACAUAAUUAAAAGUAGAACUAACAGUCUGUCACUUGUCUGUUUUUCAUCAAACUCCAAAAUUAAACACUGAACAGAAAUCUUCUUUGAUGUUAAGAAAGCUUUUAUUAUAGUAUUAUAGUAAAGAGAUAAAGAGGAUAGAUCUUUCUAAAAUUUAUAAGGAGAUGGACAGAAAAAAUAGCAACAGAGUAUUAAAAACGGAUAACACUAAUCGUAGUAAUAGUUUGCCUGUUCAACCUAUUUUGGAAAGGUAGGGUAAACCAGAGAGUGAUUGCCCACAGGCAGUAAUUGCCCGUUUUUAGAAAAAAAAUCUGAAUCAAAGUUUGUGUUCGUACUUGUUUCGAAUAUAAUUUACUAGGUUACUCUAUGGUCAAUUUAUAGUAGAUUUUAAAAUUGAUAAGUGUAAACAUUGAAGAAAAAAAAACAUUAAUGGUAGAUUUUGUCAAGACGGGUGAACGUGUUACUCAAACAGGUAAACAUUUUAGCAAUUUUCUUAAGGAAUUACUUGCUUAGAGGUAAUUUUUUUUUGCAUUUUAUUUGAUAUUUCAUUAUUGGUGUAUGGUUAUGCCAAAAGCAUAAGUGUUAUGUUAUGUUUUUAAUGAAAAUAUUUGCAAUCAGAUUAGAUUGAACGGUUUUUUAAUGGUGGGCAAUCGCUGUACGUAUUUCGGCAUAUUUUUAGUUAUUGCCCACCAUAAUUUUAGUGAUUGCCAUGGUUAAUAUGUAUAGUUAUUGCCCAGGGCAAUCAUUAUCGGCAAUUUUUUGAUUAAGUGAAGUAUGUUGCCGUCACAUUUAUUAGCUUAAUGCAACGCGCAAUAAUAUUGUGACAAUAAUAUUGUCAAUAUUUUUGCCAAACACACGCAAUAAUUUAAUAUUAAUAUUGACAAUGUAGCAAAUAUUGUUAACAUUAUUUCGUGGGUGCGGGUAGCCAAUCGCUAUGCACAUCUUAUUGGCUAGUAUUGUUUUAUUUACAGUAGGUAUGCCAAAGUCACCAAAAGUACAAUAUAGUAAAGAAAAUUUACAGAAAGCUAUCGAAGCUCUUCAAGAUGCUUCUAACAAUUUGUCUACAAGGCAAAUUGCUGAAAAAUACUGUGAUCCGAGGUCCAGUCUCCGCUACUAUACACGGUGACAUAAAACAACUGCAUCAUUUUAAACAUAGACUAUACCCAUGCUUCUGAGCCGUUUGAGCCUAUUUUUAUUUAAAUUAAACAUCAUCAUUUUCACAUUUAAAAAAACCCUCAAAACUACAUCACACGCUUUAUUAAAGACCAGUACUACAAAAAGAAAUUAAAACUAAACAUGCAAAUAAAUGUCUUAAAAAUUUAAAAAUGUCUGUUUGACAAGAGUCAAGUUUAUUGUAUUUUUUGGCCCGUUUGUUCCUAUACACUUAAAAAGUAAUUUAAAUCUUUCAUUUUAUCUUAUAUCCUUUCCCCUCUUCUCUUACUCUGACUGCGCUUCAACUUCAAUUAAGUAAGCUUUAAAUCUAUUGCUACAGGACCAUCUAUACUAAUCUAUACUGAGGGUCUUGAGGGCUUCAAUAAUUCCAAAAUAAUUAUUCCACGUGGACGAAGUUGCGGGCACAGUUAGUCACCUAUAUUAACUGUCUGAAGAAAGUAGUUUGGAGGAUUGGAUAAUAAUAUCGGCUAGAAAAGGAUUUCCUCGAAAUAGACAUUUUAGACUCCGUGCAAAAGUUUUUGGAAGAAAACCCGCGCCCAAAUUAGUUUUUUUUUUAAAUAGGCCAUGUGAUGGUUUGUGGAAGGCAUUUUUGAAGAACAUCAGAAGGAGUGACAAAAGUUCAAAGUCUAAUUUAUCAUUUUAAGGUACUGGGCAAUAACUGUACAUUUUUGGAUAAUUUUAAAUUUGUUUAUUUAUUUUCUAAGCCAUGUAAGUUUUAACUAAAAACCGUUAACACUUUGAUGGAGAUCUUAUUUAGACAUAAGAAAAAAAUUAUAAAUGGUUGAAACUUGUAAUACUUUUUUAUUGUUUGAAGCCAAAGUGUUUGAAGUCCUUAAGUGGGCAAUAGCUAUACGGUUUACCCUAUAUAAAUUAGCAAAGUUUUUCAACUCACUGUUCCGCUUUAUGUGGUGACGGUAAAACGCUGUUGUAUUUUUUUAUGUUAUUUAAUUUUACUAUGUACGCUACCUAUGUUAUAAUAAGGAAUAAAGUCUGUCAGUCGAUUAAGUUAGUAAAAUAAAAACUAUUGUCCUGUGACUGACAGGUUUUCUGUUUUUGGAAAUAACCGAAUAUUUAUUUAGGUAGAAUAGUAAAGUGAGGGUAUAUGUAUGUGCGAUAAGGAUAUUUUAAUGUACUUUUCCCUUAUAAAGCUAUUGCAGUUAAAAUGAAAAUUCGCCACUAAGAAACAUAUGAGUCAAAGGCAUAUUGGCACGUCCUAUACAAUCGAGUAAUAAAAAAAAUACUGCGGAACUAACUGAUAGUAAUUUUUUCUUACAUACAAAAUGCAUAGCAAUUUAACUUGCUGUUAAAUAUAUUCAUUAUCGUAUUAGCGGCCGUCUAUUAACAAAUAGGUUGUACUAUUUUGGUGUCGGUAGGUAAUAGUAUUUUUUGAGUGAAAGAGUAACAAAGUAUAUCCAAUAAUGCGAGUUAAUGAUAUUAUUAAAAAAAGGUUAGGGAGUUUUUAGCUCGAAAACUCCACCUAGUUUGAAUUAUGGUCAUAUAAUUUUAGGUAAUAUUUAAUUGUCUGAGUGUGUUGGCCUCCUUACAAUGUUUUUCUUCGCCGUAAGAAAGAAUAUAAGAAACUCUGUUGAAGUACAUUUUGCUUACUACAAAUAUAUGUUAUCGUAUGUUUGCCUACACGUAGACAUAAUAAAAAGAUAGUGUUAAUUAAGACUGGUAUGAUAUUUUGUAUUUAUUUGAAGUAAUUAAAGCAAUCAGUGAUCUGAAAAGCAUAAUGUAUUUGUAUAGUACUUAAAUGUAUAUUUUUAUA